AUGGAAGGAAAACAAACUGUUCAUUUCUGCAAAACUUAUGCCAGGCCCAACUGGCCGUACGAAGAUUGGACGUGCAUAGAGAAGGAAGUUGAUGUGGAGGACGACAGGCUCUCUGGUACAAAAUUUGAUGAGCCAAUACCUGUGUCGGACAUUUCGACCAUCACUUCUGAUGAUCUUGCAGCUCGUGAUAGUACAACGUGCUCAGUAGAAGAAAACGUGUCACAGAAAACAGACUCUGUAGAUAAAAAUGACCAAGACACCCAAGAUACUUCAACCGAAGCUCUAGAAAGCUAUGAGCCUGAUCACUGGUCAUAUGAUCUCUCUGAACCCCUUGACGACGACUUACCACUUUGUCAACUACUUCGGUUUAUGGAGCCAGAGUUAAAUUACAGUGGAGCCCGGAGUAAAAAGAUAUUUGAGGAGAUAAACGAGAUGAUGAGAAAGACGAUUGAAAAGUUAGAAUCUUGCUAUCUUGUUUUCGAAAAGUGCUCCCUUAUUCCAGUUGGUAGCGUCAACGAAAAUACGAAAAUUGGCAAGGCUGAUGAAUUUGACUAUGCCGUUGUUCUUCCAUACUUCGAAAGCUUCGAGAAACUUUUCCCCAUAAUUUUCAAGAAAGACGAGUCCCUGUUGUAUGACGACCCGGCUUAUGUUGCCCUGGUAGAUGAUAUUGCCUGGGGUGGUGAUACUAAGCACAUCAAAGAAAACUUUCAGGCAGCAAUGAAGCAAGUCUGGUCCCUUUACAUGGAGGAUUUUCUCCCCGAGGGCUGGAAACUAUCCGAAUCAACCUGCCAUGGAGACGAACAAAGCAUCGCGAGGACAGUCCAUCUUGUUCGUUCAUCGGAUGNACAGAAAACAGACUCUGUAGAUAAAAAUGACCAAGACACCCAAGAUACUUCAACCGAAGCUCUAGAAAGCUAUGAGCCUGAUCACUGGUCAUAUGAUCUCUCUGAACCCCUUGACGACGACUUACCACUUUGUCAACUACUUCGGUUUAUGGAGCCAGAGUUAAAUUACAGUGGAGCCCGGAGUAAAAAGAUAUUUGAGGAGAUAAACGAGAUGAUGAGAAAGACGAUUGAAAAGUUAGAAUCUUGCUAUCUUGUUUUCGAAAAGUGCUCCCUUAUUCCAGUUGGUAGCGUCAACGAAAAUACGAAAAUUGGCAAGGCUGAUGAAUUUGACUAUGCCGUUGUUCUUCCAUACUUCGAAAGCUUCGAGAAACUUUUCCCCAUAAUUUUCAAGAAAGACGAGUCCCUGUUGUAUGACGACCCGGCUUAUGUUGCCCUGGUAGAUGAUAUUGCCUGGGGUGGUGAUACUAAGCACAUCAAAGAAAACUUUCAGGCAGCAAUGAAGCAAGUCUGGUCCCUUUACAUGGAGGAUUUUCUCCCCGAGGGCUGGAAACUAUCCGAAUCAACCUGCCAUGGAGACGAACAAAGCAUCGCGAGGACAGUCCAUCUUGUUCGUUCAUCGGAUGGAUUUAUUGUCAACAUCGACAUUUGCUUUUGGAUACCUAUUCACAAAUCAGUCCUCGAAGAGAAGGGCUCUAACGUUGAGCAAAGGGACUUUCUCUUGAAAAAUUGCCUUGACGGAGAGAUGAAGUUAUUCGCCUUGCUGCCUAAGGACCGUGACAUAGAGUAUGCUUUAAACUCGCCGCGCUUUGCUAUGUCACUAAAGGAAAGGGAAGAGUUAAACAAGUAUGGACCGCUGAAUGGACGCAUCCAGUGCUACAAGUUUGCCAAAUGCAUUGCAAAGUUUUUUGUUCCUUACAUUCAGAAAAAAGAGAACUGCUCUUUCUGUUUAGACGGCCUUGUCUCUUCGUUUGCUCUUAAAAACAUAGUUCUCUACAUGGCAAAUAAUUAUCCAGAUGAUAAGAUGUGGGCUGAAGAUCAACUUGGAAACAGAGUUUCUGAAGUCUUUGCCAUUCUCAAUUUCUGUAUUAAAGUUAAUUGCAGUCAAGUAUCGGCGUUUUUAACACCCUACACUAUACCACUGCGCACGCAUUCAGCCAAAUAUGAUUCUGGAAAAGGCGUGCUUAUAGAGAAGGGUGCUGACGGGCUUUACGAUGAGGAAGAUCACUGUCUUCUUCCAGAAGUGGAGAGAUUUGAGUCGCUAUUCACAAAAGACCUUAUUUCCAAGAAGAUUUUGCAGAACUACUUCAGUUUUCUCCACGAAUAUAACUGGUGUGUACCCGAGGUAUUUGAUCGCUUGACCGAGAUGUUGACGGGUUUGACCGAGAAAGAUGAUGAGGAAAGGAGAGAAUAUGCAGAGAAUCCUGGGUGUCUGUGUUUUCAAACGUUUACAGCCGAAGACUUUGCACUAUAA